AUGAAGAAGAGACAUAUGGAUGCCAUGGCAAUUGUCCAUACAUACGGGAAGCCUGACAUCUUCUUGACCAUGACUUGCAACCCUAAAUGGGAAGAGAUAACAAAUGAGUUGCUUCCUGGACAGACGGCGCAAGACCGACCUGAUAUUGUGGCUCGCGUGUUCUAUGGCAAACUAGAGGCUAUGAAAGAUAUGUUGCUCAAGAAGAUGGUCCUGGGUGUUGUUGUUGCUUAUGUUUACGUAGUUGAGUUCCAGAAGAGAGGCCUCCCCCACGCACAUUUUUUGUUGAUCAUGGAUUCAACGUAUAAGCUUCUUGUCCCAGAGCAGUAUGAUCGACUCAUUUCCGCAGAGCUCCCAGACAAGCAAAAGUAUCCUGAAUUGUAUGCAAUGGUGGUAAAACAUAUGAUGCACGGACCAUGCGGUGCUCUCAACCCGAAGAAUGUUUGCAUGCAAGAUAAUGAAUGCAAGUGCAGAUACCCGCGGCCGUUUAAUGAGAACACGAUACAAGGCAAGGACUCAUACCCAGUUUAUCGGCGUAGAGACGAUGGUAGACGCGCUAAGGUUCAAGGGAAAAUGUUGGACAACCGAUGGGUUGUGCCAUAUAACCCUUACCUUCUGCGGAUGUUUAAUUGCCACAUCAACGUCGAGGUCUGCUCUAGCAUAAAGGUUGUAAAAUACAUUUAUAAGUACAUUUAUAAGGGCCAUGAUAAGGCUUCUUUCAGCAUCGACCAGCCAGACGCUGAUGGUAACAUUGAUGAGAUCAAGAGAUACGUUGACGCAAGAUGGGUCACCCCUCCGGAGGCUAUGUGGAGGAUAUUUGGCUUCCCACUGUGUGCCAAUUACCCGCCUGUCUUGCAGUUGCCUCUUCAUCUCCCGAAUAUGCACAGGGUUGCAUUCAAUGCACAGGCUGACUUGAAGAAUGUUGUAUCCUCCGAGAAUGCUUCAAAAUCCAUGUUAACGGAGUAUUUCAAGGAUUUCCCCGGAAGCUUCACGUGGGAGAAGAAAAAGAAGAUAUGGAAGAGGCGGGUGGAGCGUUUUCAACUAGGUCGUAUCGUGUCUGCCAAUCCUGCCGAGGGGGAGCGAUACUACCUUCGUGUGUUGUUGAACCAUGUUCCGGGGAAAACAUCAUUUGAGGACUUGCUCACCGUCGACGGCGUGGUAUGUGGGAGCUUUAGAGAGUCCGGUGAAAGGUUGGGACUCAUCGAGGCAGACAACACGCUAGAUGACUGUCUUACUGAGGCGGAGCAGUGGGCUAUGCCAUGUUCUCUUAGGAGGCUCUUUGCAACAAUCUUGGUGCACUGCGAGCUAGGCGACGUGCGCGGGUUAUGGGAUAGACACCUCGAGCCUAUGUCCGAUGACUAUCGUCGGACACGCACGUCCCCGAACGAGGUGGAGCAGAUGGUGUUGCUUGACAUUAGGGGUAUGUUGUAG